UUAUUUAUUUGUGUCCCCAAAACCCCUAUUUAAAUGUUCUAUUUUUCUCACAAUUAUACAGAAUUAAAUAGAGAUUAGUGAGAUACAGUUAUUACAUUACAAUGUCUACUUCCAUGCGAUUUAUCUGUGCUCUCCUCUUGCUGAGCCUUGUUACUCAAGGAAAUUGCAUAUGCAGUACAGUAUCAGAUUUUCUUUUUUCACAAACUACAACUGGGAAGAAAAUAGGAAAUAAUGUACAGUAUAAGAUGAUUAUAAAAAAUGAUUGCAGCUGUGCAAGAUCAGAUAUUAAAUUGGACUGUCAUGGAUUUAGUAGUAUUGAAAAAAUAGAUCCAGCAAUUUUGAAGAUUAAUGGAGAUGAAUGUUUGCUAAUUAAUGGAGGAAUUUUGCAUGCAUUUGAAUCAGUCAGUUUCACUUAUACUUCGGAUAAACUUCUUCAAACCAGGGCUAUUGAAUCUACUCUUGCUUGUCCUUGAGGGAUUUAUAUUUCAAGAGAUUUAAUUAUCAAUGUUUUGCUAUAUAGUUUAUUAAUAAUAAGAGUCUUGAUUUUUAGAGGAAAUUUGUUGUUUGAAUUGAUUUGUAUUAAUGUCUUAUC